UGGUCCGUGCCCGGGAGUUCCGCGACCUUCGACAUCGCUCCCGAGGAGGAAACCGCCGAGCUCCUCGCGCGGAUUGAUCGCACCCGGCUGCCGCUUCAUGUGGCGGCCAUCAUGGACGGCAACGGGCGCUGGGCUGCCGCCCGGGGACUCCAGCGAGUGGAGGGACACGCGGCCGGGGUGGAGUCGGUCCGGGACACCGUGGAAGGUGCCGCCGGUCUCGGACUCGGGGCCCUCACCAUGUUCGCCUUUUCCAUCGAGAACUGGAGCCGGCCGCCCGAGGAGGUCGAGGUGCUCAUGGAGCUGGUCAAGCGGUACCUCCGACUCGAAACCGAGCAUCUGAUCGCCAACGACAUCCGGUUCCGGCCGAUCGGCCGAUUGAGUGAGUUGCCUGCCGAUGUCCAGAUCUUGCUGCAGGAGACCUCCGAGGCCACCGCGAACUGCCAGGGGCUCAGCCUCAACAUCGCCCUGAACUACGGGGGCCGGGCGGAGAUCGUGGAUGCGGCCCGGCGGAUCGCGGAACGGGCGGCGCGCGAGGGCAGAGUGCCCGAUUUCGACGAGCAAACCUUCGGCGAAUAUCUCUACACCCGGGGCCUUCCCGAUCCGGACCUCCUGAUCCGCACCAGCGGCGAGGUGCGGGUCUCCAAUUUCCUCCUCUUCCAGAGCGCCUACACGGAGUUUUGGACGACGCCCACUCUCUGGCCGGAUUUCCGGCGGCGGCACCUCUUCGAGGCCAUCCUCGCCUACCAGCGCCGCAGCCGGAGAUACGGCGGUAUCUGA